AUGAAAGGAAACAGCACUGACAUUACGGAAUUUUUUCUUCUGGGAUUUGCUGCACAACACAAGUUUCUAUAUGUCCUCUUUGUUAUAUUUCUAGUCAUCUACGUGACCUCCAUGGUGGGUAAUGUUGGAAUGAUCCUACUCAUCAAGACAGAUUCCAGACUUCAGACACCCAUGUACUUUUUCCUACAACAUCUGGCUUUUGUUGAUAUGUGUUAUACCUCCGCUAUCACUCCCAAGAUGCUGCAAAACUUCGUAGUAGAAAAUAAAUCCAUAUCCUUCGAGGGCUGUGUAAUGCAAUUAUUGGUUUAUGUAACAUUUGCGACCAGUGACUGUUACCUCCUGGCUGCCAUGGCAGUGGACCGAUAUGUUGCCAUCUGUAAGCCACUUCGCUACCCCAUAAUCAUGUCCCGAAGAGUCUGCAUCCAAUUGGCAUGUGGUUCCUAUGUCAUAGGCUCCAUAAAUGCUUCUGUGCACACAGGGUUUACAUUUUCUCUGUACUUCUGCAAGUCCAACACUAUCAACCACUUUUUCUGUGAUGGUCCCCCAAUUCUUGCCCUCUCGUGCUCCAACACUGACGUCAACAUCAUGCUACUAAUUGUCUUCGUGGGAUUUAAUUUGAUGUUCACUAUUUUGGUUGUCAUCUUUUCCUACAUAUAUAUUCUGGCUGCCAUCCUGAAGAUGUCUUCUGCUACAGGGAGGAAAAAAGCUUUCUCUACAUGCACCUCCCACCUGACAGCCGUCACCAUUUUCUAUGGAACCCUAUCAUACAUGUACUUAGAGCCUCAUUCUGAUAGUUCCCAGGAGAAUAUGAAAGUGGCCUCCGUAUUUUAUGGUAUUGUGAUUCCGAUGUUAAACCCGCUGAUCUACAGUUUGAGAAAUAAGGAAGUAAAAGAAGCUCUAAAAGUGAUGGGGAAAAAUGUUUUAGACUAA